AUGGACAAAGGCGAGGCAAUCCACGAGGAAAUCAUCAGCUCCGCCCCAGGGGAUGUCGAACUCCUCAGGGGAAGCGACACUGUCCUAAUCCCAACUCCAUCGGCAGAUCCAAAAGUAGACCCUCUGAACCUUCCCCCGUGGCGAAAAUGGGCCCUUCUCAUACUCGUCUCCGCAUACAGCUGCACGUCCGUCGUGCUGUGCUCCGGAAUGGGCCCUAUCUUCUUCUCCGUCAUCCAGCAGCAGUAUCCAGGCGAGGAAGAGCGCGCAAAUGACCUCCUGACAUACCCAACAUUGUUCAUGGGGAUUGGGAAUCUCAUCAGCAUGCCAUUCGCUCUCAGCUGCGGCCGUCGACCCGUCUUCCUUGCUUCAAUGGUGCUUCUCAUAGUAACGGGAAUCUGGUGCGCCUGUUCUCAAAGCCUGGGGAGCCACAUAGCAGGCCGCAAUAUCAUGUCCCUGGCAGCUGGACAAAGCGAGGCCCUUUCGCCGGCAAUAAUCCAGGAAAUUCACUUCCUGCAUGAGCGUGGGCGGAGACUUGCCUGGUUUAUCUUUAUCCAGAAUGUGACGGCUGGCGUGUUCUUCGUGGUGUCGACAUAUAUGGUUGCGGCGUGGGGAUGGAGAUGGUGGUAUGGGUUCUUCGCCAUUAUGAACGCAGUUGUCUUCUUGCUAUCUGUGGUCUUCGUAUCGGAGUCCUCAUAUGAACGGACACCCACUGAUAUGCGCGGUGAAACCAGCAAGCCAGGGAAUUCUCUCAAGACAGACCCAUCUUCAGAGUCUCGUUCACCAUACGGAACACUGCUCGACAUGGAGCUUGGCCCACGAACAUGGCGACACGACCUUUCCCUGUCGGUGAUAAAACCACGCUGGCGCGACAUCCCUAUCUUCUACAAGCACGUCCUCCAAGGCGUCUGCAUCCCCACCACGCUCUGGCUACUCCUCCUCAACGGCGCCUUCCUCGGCGUCUACGUCUUCCAGUCCGCAACAUUCUCCACCAUCCUCCUCGCACCCCCCUACAGCUUCGCCUUCACCUCCCUCGGCUCCGUCCAAGCCGGCCAAAUCGUCAGCUGCAUCAUCUUCCUCCCCCUCCUGGGCUACGGCAGCGACCUGACAAUCCGCACAUUCACAAAGCGCAACGGCGGCCUGUACAAACCCGAAUACCGCCUGCCCGUGCUCACAAUCCCGGCAACCGUCGGCAUAAUCUGCGGCAUCAUCUACGGACAGGCCGCGUCGUUUCCAGAGCAAUGGAACGCCAGCGCAAUCGUCGUCGGCUACAACGCGAGUUUCUUCGCUUUCUUAGGAGCUAAUAUCGUCGGAAUUACAUACGCCGUGGAUAGUUUCCCAUUACGUGCUGCGCCCUUUCUGGUUGUGAUUUGUGCGGGGAGAGGCAUUAUCUCGUUUGGACUUAGUUAUGCGACUCUCCCCGCUGUAAGGGAUAUUGGGUAUGAUAUGACGAUGGUGGUGGAGAUGGUUGUUUGUGCUGUGCUGGCGGUGGUUGCGGUUCCGAUGUUUUUCUUUGGCGCGAGGAUUAGAUCCUUUGUUCGUCGAUGGGUUGGUGUAUAA